AUGCAAGCUCUUACCAUGGAUGGCUGUUAUGCGACGCCAGAGCCCUUGACCGAUCAUGGCCCCUACACUUUCCAAACUAGCGGCAACUGUCAGCCCAUCUGCUAUCAGUUCAAUAAGCCAGUUAUGGCUCUCAGCGAUGGUUCGAACUGUUGGUGUGGAGAUCUGCUACCACAGGAAGACGCGAAGACGGACAACACGAGUUGCAACACUCCCUGCAACGGCUUCCCAGAUGAUAUGUGUGGUGGUAACGGCUACUGGAGUGUCUACCUCACGGGUAUCACCAAGAACCAAAUCGCUCAUUUCGAUGCGAACAAUCCAGGUGAUCCUGCCGCCUCUCGUCGACCCGGAUCUAGUACCGGGGUCAUCACCGUGGGUGGUUCCACCGUCGUUGUCACUCAAGAGCCGACGGCGGACCCCGAAAAAUCCAAAGGAAGUUCUCCUUCCAAGGUCGGGAUCGCCGUGGGCGUCGUGGUCGGUGUCUUGGCCAUCGCUGGUAUCAUCGGCGGCGUAUUCUUCUUCCUCCGUCAACGUAGGAGGAGGGAACUCGAGGAAGAACAUAAGCGACAAGCCGCUGUCAGCGAUUUCGUGAAAAAUGGACGCUCCCACGGCAGCCAGAGUGGCAGCUCCGGUGAUUCGAGGCUGGAUCCGGAAGCGGUGAUGCAUCGCAGGAUGAGCGACGGAAGCAUUGCGGACAAUCAAGACUACAGCCGAAGGAUCCUGAAAGUGACGAACCCCGACGACGGACGGUAG